GGCAUUGUUAUUGAAGUUGGUGAAUUUGACAUGAACCGGAAGUGAGGGUUUGGCCGGGGCAGCGGAAGUCAUUGAUUGUAGUUUAGAAUCUGCGCGAUACGCCUGAUCUGCUGCACUAGAAAUAAUUACAGAAAAUGGAAGUAGACUACAACCCAAUGGAUUUGCCAGUUAAUACUGUUUAUGAAGAUGAUUCUGAAUUCAGAGAUUUGGAAGGAACUGAGGGGAAGGAUAUGUGUUUGGAGGCUGAAGCUAUUGUAAAUGAUGUACUGUUUGCUGUUGGGAAUAUGUUUGUUUCGAAAACUCUACCAUGUGCAGUGGAUGUUGCUUACAUCAAUGUUGAGAUAAAGGAAGGAACCAGAUAUUGCCUGGAACUCACUGAAGCUGGGUUAAGGGUGGUUGGUUAUGCAUAUGACCAUCUUGCUGAAGGGUUGUGCAGCCAGUACCAUGAGACUGUCUACUCUUUAUUGGACUCUAUCAGUCCAGCAUACCGGGAGGCCUUUGGAAAUGCACUUCUGCAGAGACUGGAAGCACUUAAAAGAGAUGGACAGUAAAAACUAAUACCUGGGAUUUGCCUAUAACAUAAACCAUGCUUAUACACAGCGUUUCAUUUAUAUUGAAUCUAACAUCUCAUUGUAGCAUCGCCCAAUUGUGUUUUCUUUUUUGGAGACGUGUAUAUAUGAUACAGUCUUCAAUGUGGUUGGUAGAGAUGAUCUUUAAUCUUUGGUUGAAAUCUCUCAUAUAAAUUGCUGCAGCUUUAUGUGCCCUGGUUUUCUCUUCUAGUGAAAUAUUUUGCAUAUUUUCUGUUUGAAUUGAGCUUGCUCAUGAAAAGUAUUACAGUAGUGUUGAUGCAUUGUUAAAGUGAAGACAGACCAAGUCUUAACUAAAACUAAUUUACUGGUAAUUACUGUUGCAUGAUGCUUUUAGUUAGGCUAUCAUGCAUUUUGUAAUGAUUUAAUCUUGCAUACACAGAGCAGCAAACAUUUUGAGUCCUGUAGGCUUUGGCAUGUUCAUAUAUUAAUUGUGUUAAAAAAUAAAGCAUUUGUGUUUUUAAUAGUACAGCAAAAUAUAUAAUACUAGGAAGUUGCCAGUCCACCUAUUUGUUAUUAGGGAUUUAAAGCCAUUAUGCCAAAUGAUAAAACUGUCACCAGUGAUAGGUAAAAGUUUUAAAAGUAUAUAGGUGAAAAUGGACUCGAAUAUUAAUCACACAAUUUUGUUUUAUGGCUGGACAUUGUCACUGACUGGUUUCCAUUGUAGUUAAUGGGGAUGAGCUUGAUACAUGCACGAUAGUGACUCCAAUCUGCUGUACUUGCUGUAGUUUACUGGUAUUGUUACAGAAUAAAGUCUAUGCAAAAUCUACAGAAACAGAAAGGAAUAACAUCUGUGAUAUUAGCCUGGUGUAAUUACUAAAUAGUAGGGGCUAGCCUAUACUGUCAAAUUACUGCAGAGGCUCGUACAUGUAAUUAUAAACACGAGCCAGGUACGGGGAGCAUCACAUCUCUCUCACACUCUCACCUCCAUGCUGCACGUAACAUCUGUCCCCCUCAGGGUCAAAUCCAUGAAGUUUAGCCAAUACGGAGCACUCGGAGUGAUUUGUUAAAAUCAUUAAAUUUUAAUAGUCCAAGUUAAAAGAAAGUAACAGCGUGUCAACAUACCAAAUAUCAGAUCAUCCGCUUUACGCGUUUCAUGGCUUCUCGCCACUUCAUCAGAAGCGUACGCUUCUUCAGCCAAGUAUGUUUUGAAGCGUACGCUUCUGAUGGAGUGGCGAGAAGCCAUGAAACGCGUAAAGCGGAUGAUCUGAUGAUAUUUGGUAUGUUGACACGCUGUUACUUUCUUUUAACUUGGACUAUUAAAAUUUAAUGAUUUUAACACAUCACUCCGAGUGCUCCGUAUUGGCUAAACUUCAGAGGCUCGUACAUGCUCUGCACUUUCUAAUUCUUCAUCUAAACCAGUUCUCGCUAAACUGUUGCUCAGAUACAUUGACCUAGGCAUUUUCCAUUUUCUCAUGUGCAGCCAUUUCUUAAAUAAUAACAAAAUUGCACAAAUAUUUCUAGCUGUUCAAAAUACUCCUUGUCAGAGACUUGUGCCAAACAGUAGUUGUAAACUUUUUUUUUCCAGUAAGAUCAAAGAAACUAUGAGAAAUGCACUUGGUUUGCGAUGUGCUGUUUCUUAUAUUUAAGUUCUAUUUCCUCAAUGACAGCCAAGUAUGUUUGGUGUGGCUGCAAACAGGACUCUGUCUUAAUUAGCUCAUAUGGACCUGGCCUCAAACUGAAAGACAAGAUGAAAAUCAACUGAAUACUGGCAAUAAUACUUAAUAUUAUCUGCUGCUUGAAUCAAUUUAUGUUUACAUUUUUAGAGAAUACUGAGGCUAUAUAAACUCAACAUUCAGGUUUUUUUUUUAUCAGAAUCCAAAUUCUUCUGAUUUUGUUAAAUAAAAAAAAGUCAGACCAAACUAGAAUCCACGAUUUACCCUUAUUUAUCAAUUUUUUUAUUGAUAAACAAAAAGAUCAGACCGACAAAAACCAAGACUUGCAACAUUUUCAGAUUGUCAGAAAAGCCCUAAAUGUUCAGAUUAUCGUAAGAAACCCAGCGCAGACAAUACUAUCUUCAAAUUGCAAAUAGAACCUCUGCCAUUGACUUCUACAGGACCUCAAAAGGUCGAAGUAUGAAAAUGAAGUAUUUUCAGAGUCUGACUUUUUGCAGCCUCAGGUCAUAAUAAAUCUCAAAAAUUCUUCACUAAAAAUUCAGAAAUUUUCAGAAUUUUUGGAGCAUUUGGACUUUAAUAAAUACCCCCUCAAAGUAUUGUUGACAAAUUAUUUUUAAUACAUAAUUUUUCCUAGAGAAUAAGACCAGAUUCAGUAAAGCAGACUCCUAAACCCAAAUCUAGAAGUGAAAAACAACUCCCUCCAGAAAACAACUGAUUAAACAUUCCCUGUCCAUUGAAAAGCACAGACUCUUAUCAAUAUAUAUAUCAUGCAGCAUUCACAGGACUAAGGCAAUGCAGGCAUAUUAAAUGCAGUACAUCAUUUUACAUUAUCUUUGCAUCCAUUCCUUAUACAGAAAUGUAUAUAGUUUAUUCUUAUUAAACCUUGCAUAUUGUAGUUUCUUUCUUGUGUUCUUGCUUCCUGCAGUUUAUUAUAGUAUUGAAAUAUUAUUCUUGAGAUUUUGUUCUUACUAUUAACCUGGAUUGUUUACCUUUUGCAUUUUAUGUAAUGGAUUUAACUCAUGGGCAUGUCAUUCACAAAAUGCCAAAACUGCACUUUCAGGAAUUAUUGCUUUUAGAGGUAUUCAUGUUUUGCCUAAAUUGGAAAUAAAUAUAUUUAUUCAA